AUGUAAAAUCAUUUGGAGUUGGUGUAAUCAAUGACUCAACCAAAAUUGGAGGCUUCCAAUCCUUGGUUGGUGGGGGGAAUCCUCAGAACUCAACUCAAGAAUGUGCUUUACAAUAAGGAUCUAUUUAAUGAGAUUGAUAAAGAAUUUACAGAGUUCGGACAAUUUUGCAAUGAUGUUCUUUACUAACACAGUGUGGAUGCUGAAUUGAAUCCACCUAAGUUGAUUAAACAAGAUGUGUAUGGGAAUGUAAUUGAUAAAUUGGUGUUGGGAGAAGGAUGGAGAAAGGAAAAGGAAUAUGCUGCAAAAUGUGGAAUAGUAGCUAUGGCCUACGAGAGUAAACAUGGAAUUUGGAAUAGACUACUGCAAUUAUUGAGACUCCAAAUGUACUAACCAGUAUCUGGAUUAUUUGGUUGUCCGUUGGCCAUGACAGAUGGUGCAGCCUACUUGCUCAAAUAAUGGUUAAGCAAUCCAACCACCCAAUGUUAAGAAACUAUCAAACUGGUACAAUAAGGAUUUGAAAAUUUAACAUCCAGAGACCCUUCUAAAUUUUGGACCUCUGGAUAAUGGAUGACUGAAAAGGAUGGCGGGUCAGAUGUAAACAAUUCAACCACAACCAUCGCCGUCCAUUAAGGAGGCAACAAGUACAAAUUGUAUGGUUACAAAUGGUUCUCAUCAGCCACCGAUAGUGAAAUGACAUUGGCAUUAGCUAGAGUAGUUCCAGAGAAAAAAAUUGAAGAUUUUAGGAAAUAUCCAUUGUCUCUAUUCAUAAUGAGAGUCAAGAAGGAUGAUGGAACAUUGAACAACAUCAAGAUUAUGACAAUGAAGGAUAAGAUGGGUACUAGACAAUUGCCAACAGCUGAAUUACUUCUUUAAGGAAGUGAAGCCUAUCUUAUCAGUGAGGAAGGCAAGGGAGUAAAAGGAAUUAGUCAAAUGUUAAAUGUAACUAGAUUGUAUAACGCAUCUUCAGCUGUUGGAUCUAUGAAUAGACUAUACUCAAUAGUUGUCAAUUAUUCUUUGAAGAGAAAAGCUUUUGGGAAAGAACUCAUUGAGAAACCAGCUCAUUAAACAAUGCUUACUAAAUUCAAUCUUAAUGUGAGAGCUUGCAGUUUGUUCUAUUUCAAAGUGGCUUAAUUGUUCUCGAAAAUCUAGAAUAAUGCCGCUACGAAGGAUGACGAGGAGAUGUUUAGAAUAUUGACUCCAUUGUUGAAAUUAUAUACUGCAAAAAUCUGUAUGUAUUGGAUGAGUGAGGGAAUUGAGGCCUUGGGUGCUUUGGGAUACAUGGAGAAUAGCUACAUUCCUUUGAUGUUGAGGGAUGCUCAAGUACUAACUAUUUGGGAAGGCACAACUAAUGUCUUGUGUUUGGACUUCCUGAGGGCUCUCAAAUCCAGUGAUAAGAAGGAUCCACUCCAGAAACUAGAUGUCUAUGCCAGAUUCCACACUCAUAUUAUGAUGACUCAAUUGUCAGCUGACACUCAAUUGCCUGAAACCAGAAGAAGCUUCAUUCCCUACAUUGCCAAAAUGACCAUCAAUCAUAAUGGAGUUGUGGCUGAAUUAUCUAAUAUUUUAUAGGGAACUGUCAAGUACUCUGAAAUGAGAAUCAGAGAUCUCUGCUUUAUAUUAUGCGAAUCCUUUGUGGGUGGGUAACUUUUGGAGUUGAUUUCGAAGAAUGGGAGAGAAGAGGACAUCCUCAGUUUUGAAUUGUGGGUGGAAUAGAUGCAAUCGUAUACAACUACUUGGUCCAUCACACCCAAAGCUUUUGAGGUGCUAGUCAAGGAAAACGUAAUCAAAGCCAAAUUAUGA